AUGCCGUCUCUUGCCUCCAUCUCCGGGCCGACCUAUGUCACCAGCCAACUGCUUGUCCAGCAGACUGCCUACAAGCUCUCCGACAAGAUCUUCUCUUACUCCCCCGAUACCUUCGACCUCGAUGUCGCCGUGAAGGAAUGGGCCGAGGCCAACGAGAAGAACGUCCACGGUGAGACCACCACCGUUGUCCCUCUCCAGACCAGGGCCGGUGCCGGUGCUUUUGCCCUUGGCUACAUCUUCUCCAAGGACUUUGACUUGGCCAAGCGCCAUGUGCCCCAGACUCUCCUGGCCCCGUCGUUGAGCCUUCGUCACCUUCGCUCUUCCCUCGACCAGCUCGCCCUUCUCUAUGGCGUCUCCAGCCCCUUCGUCGCCCACGUUGCUGCUGCCGACUACAACGCCCAGGAUGGCCUCGGUGCCGACUACGCUACCGCUCUUCAGAUCGCCGAGGACCUUGGUCUUGCCCUCGUUUCCAGCUCGUCUGCCUAUGAGGUCCAGCACAUGUCUCUGCUCGCCACUCUUUUGGCUUCUGUCCUCCCCACUCUCCACAUCUACGACGGUAUCCGCACCGCCAGGGAGUCCUUGAGGGUCGUCGAUGCCCUCGGCGAGGCUCACAUUGCCCAUGUCUACGCCAAGGUCUCCAAGGAGGCUGCUGCCCUCAACAAGAGGCUGGAUACCGCCGGCAAGGUUGUUGAGCUUCUCAAGGCCUUCAACAGCGAGCUCGGCACCUCUUAUGCUCCUUUCGAGUACCACGGCCACGAGGCUCCCGAGACCGUCCUUGUCGUCUUCGGUAGCGCCGAGGCCCAGCUUGCCAAGCAGGUUGCUACCGCUUUGGCCGCCGAUGGCAAGAAGGUUGGCACUGUUGUCGUCCGUGUCUACCGCCCCUUCGUCGAGGAGGCUUUCCUCGAGGUUCUCCCUGCCUCCGUUCAGCAAAUUGCCGUUCUCGGCCAGGUCGCCGAUGCUGCCUCCGUCGAGGAUGCCAACGUGCAGUCUGCCCUCUACUCCGAUGUCCUCACUGCUGUCUCCUUUACCGAGAAGCUGUCUCAGGCCCCCGAGGUCGUCGAUAUCCGUUAUGCGGUCACUGAUGCCCACACUCCCAGCUCCAUCUCCUCCAUCUUCGACAAGCUCACCAGCAAGGGUGAGACUGAGCCCGUCGCUUUCACUCUGGCCGCUGUCGAGGAGGCCCAGCAGUACGUUUUCUGGGAUGUCGACAACUCCUCUGCCGUCGCUUCUCCUGCGGCCGUUGGCAAGCUCCUCGAGACCGAGCAGUCCAGCAACGUCUAUGUUCACCAGACCUACGACAACCUCGUCCAGGGUGGUGUUGUUCGCACCGACAUCAGGGUUUCCCAGAGAUCCAUCGAGGCUCCCUACCCUGUUGAGAACGCCGAUGUCGUCUUCGUUGGUGAGGAGAAGCUCCUCAAGGAGAUUGCUAUUGUCAAGGGUGUCAAGGCCGGCGGCAAGCUCAUUGUUCGUCUCCCCAGCUUCAAGGAGGACGAGCUUGAGAAGCGCAUCCCUGCUGCUGCCCAGAAGGAGAUUCAGGAGAAGAAUGUCGAGCUCUACGUUCUCGACACUUCCUCGUCUCCUGCUCUCGAGAAGGAGGCUCGCCUCGUUGUUGACGUUGCCUUCCUCCGCGUUGCUCGUGCCGAUAUCACCAAGUUCGACUCCCUUUCUACUGACCAGGACGCUCUGACCGAGGCCGUCAACGCCCUUGACCAGUCCGUUCGCAAGGUUGAGGUGCCCGCCACUUGGGCCGAGGCUGAGGGUGCUGUUGCUCCCCUUGUUGACAGCGUCAAGCCCAACAGCUUCGUCGCCUUCCAGAAGGAGGAAGAAGAGGAGAGCUCCAGCCUCGAGAACUGGCAGUCUGCUGCCAAGGGCUUCGCUUUCAAGGAGGCCUACGGCACCCAGAACCAGCUCCGUCCUGACCUCACCGUCAAGACCUACACCAUCAAGGUCAAGGAAAAUCGCCGUCUUACCCCCACCAACUAUGAUCGCAACAUCUUCCACAUUGAGUUCGAUCUUGGUGACUCGGGUCUCACCUACAACAUUGGUGAGGCUCUUGGUAUCCACGCCGACAACGACCCUGAGCAGGUCCUCCAGUUCAUCCUGGCUUAUGGCCUCAACGCGGACGACCUUGUCCAGGUUCCUUCCCGCGAGGAUCCCGCCGUUCUCGAGACCAGGACCGUCUACCAGUCCCUCGUCCAGAACGUUGACAUUCUCGGCAAGCCUCCCAAGCGCUUCUUCGAGUCCCUCGCCCAGUUCGCCACGGACGAGGAGGAGAAGAAGAAGCUCGAGCGUCUCGGCAGCAAGGAGGGCGCCGACGAGUUCAAGCGUCUUACCGAGGAGGAUACUGUCACUUAUGUCGAUGUUCUCGACAUGUUCAAGUCGGCCCACCCCGACUUCAGCGACCUUGUCCGCAUCGUCGACCCGCUCAAGCGCAGAGAGUACUCCAUCGCCUCUGCCCAGGCUGUUACCCCCAACUCGGUCACUCUCAUGAUCGUCGUUGUCAACUGGGUCGACACCAAGGGCCGCACCCGCUACGGCCACGCCACUCGCUACCUCUCCGGCCUUGCUCCCGGCGCCACCAUUACGGCGUCCGUCAAGCCCUCGGUCAUGAAGCUCCCCGUCAAGGACACGGCCCCCUCAUUAUGGCCGGUCUUGGUACCGGUCUCGCUCCCUUCCGCGCGUUCGUCCAGUACCGCGCUAUGCAGAAGGCGCAGGGCAAGGAGAUCGGCUCCAUCCUUCUCUACCUCGGUUCCCGCCACCAGCGCGAGGAGUACCUCUACGGCGAGGAGUGGGAGGCGUACCUCGACGCCGGCGUCAUCACGCUGCUCGGCGCCGCCUUCUCGCGCGACCAGCCCGAGAAGAUCUACAUUCAGGAUCGCAUGCGCCAGACCGUCACCGACAUCGUCAAGGCCUAUAUCCAGGAGGAGGGCUCCUUCUACCUCUGCGGUCCUACCUGGCCCGUGCCUGAUGUCACUGCCGUGCUCGAGGAGGCCAUUGCUGCUGAGGCUCAGGGGAGCGGCCGCAAGGUUGACCCCCGCAAGGAGAUUGAGAGGCUUAAGGAGGAUGGUCGCUAUGUCCUUGAGGUGUACUAAAUGUAUGUCUCUGUGA